AUGGUGCCUUCAUGCUGUCAGCGUUGCCAAGCACAUGGAAUAACUACUGUCAACAUUAUGGAAAGUAACACGGAUAAUCCCCGCAAAAAGCAAGAUCAUAUUGCAGUACGAAGUUCUGUGGAAGAGAGUGACUUCAGUUUUCCACUGUUUGGGUAUGAAGGACAGCGGCAGUUUAUGGGGGAGUAUGGGUUUCUAGCUGUUGUUAAGUCUCCCGCUGUUGUUUUUAUUGUUCCCAAAGAGGAUACAAGUAAAGUGUCGUUAAGACUUUUAUCUUCUGUGUUCAGCUGUUGGCCAGUACUACUCCUCAACUUUUCUAUUGUUUUGCUGUCUGGGAUGAUUAUUUGGAAUUUGGUAAGUAUGUGUGGAUCAGUAAGAUACUGGAAACCUACCGACCCCUUUCCUCGUAACGUAACAUUUUGCCUCAAGCGAGACGUUAGUGUUUAUGUUGGGUUAAGGAUUAGGGGAAGGGUCGGCCGGCAGUUUCCUUUAUGCCUUUAUGACCUGUGUGCUUGUGUGCGAAGUACCACCUUCUUUGAAGACCUCUACACAAGGGUUUUUAGCCGUUAGAUAACUAAAAAAAUAGUCAACAACUUUUUUACAAAGUCUCAUAACGGACACUCUCGUAAGGGGACAGCUUUACUUACGGCCGCCUUCACAAAAUGCCGUUUUUCUCAACUCUCGUACAAACUCUGUAUUUUUACAUUUCCGUAAAAGGCCAACUCCAGUUACAUCUUUUUCGCGUCCCGAGAGUGUCUGCUCACGAGAGCUUCCACUGUACGUGCAAAAAUUAAAACAUAAAAAUUUUGACAUUUAAGCUGUUUAAACUGAACUUAAGAUGUUCGCGAUUACAGAUGAUUGAAUGAAAUUGGAGUGCAACUUAAGCUUAGAAAUUCUUGCAUCUUUAAAACUUUGUUUUAUUUUGACUUCCCCGUGGACAAAAUUCUUCCUGCGGUUACAGAAGAUUUAGCAGAUUCUCCCAUUUAAGUGUAAAGGGAGGAUCUUUCUCUUUUGGGGAGCGACGGUGGCGUAGUGGUGAGAGCACUCGCCUCCCACCACUGUCACGGUGGCCCGGGUUCAAAUCCCGGCACCGAUGCCAUAAGUGGGUUGAGUUUGUUGUUGGUUCUCUCCCUUGCUCCGAGAGGUUUUUCUCCGGGUACUCCGGUUUUCCCCUCUCCGCACAAACCAACAUGCCUAAAUUCCAAUUCGACCAGGAAUCAGGUAGACGAAGAACCACUGUGGAUGUGCUACCUCCAAAUCGUUAUUUAAUCAAUCCGUGCAUACUCAAUCACAAUCCUUGCUAUUUAAGUAACGUUAAUGAAGAUAGUCUUCAGUUUAUUAUUACUGAAACAUUUCGUCAAUAAUGUUUUGUUUAGGAUUCUUCAAAGAAUGAUCAGGAAUUUUCAAAAUCCUUCCUAAGAGGAGCAUGGGAAGGCAUGUGGUGGGCAUUCAUUACCAUGACAACCGUUGGGUAAGUAAAGUAUUCGCCUCUGAUCCACUGGCAAUGUGCUCUCGACCCCAGGCCAGUUCGCGCUAUCCCUGUAAACGAAGGAGGCUUGGAACUGAGCGCGAAUUCUCAUGACAACCUUGUAUUGACAGAUAAUGUCUCGCCCCAAAUCGCCGAGGACGACUGGGAACGAGACUCCUUCGGCAAUGAUCUCCGUUUUAGUCCGUACCGGUGACUUUUCAUCCAUAUACUUUAAUGUCGCUUUCAAGCGCUAGCUGAACCAAUGACGUGUCCUUAGCGAACUUAAUAGUGUUCAAGAAACGAAAUACAUGCAGUAUUUAUUGGCUAGUAUGCCUCGCCACCUAAAAUAUUUCAGCCGACUUCGAAAGUGGACUCUCCACACUUGUCAGCGGCACUUUCCGCUAGUCAAGUCAUUGGCGAACGUUUUCAUUUGUCGAAAUAGUAGUGAGUUUACGCAACAGAAUGGAAGAGGAAAGAAGACGGUAAACCUUGUGUGACGAGCUUGACAAUAAUUUUGUUUCAAAAAACGUUUAAUUUCGCCAAGCUUCACUCUCACUCUUCAGUCUCACUCUCUAUGUAAAAAGACAGAAACAAUAAUGUUGAAUGAAGAUCACGACAAAACACGCAAGUAACAGCCCUGUCACGUUUGUCACACACAAGCGUUUUGCCGUCUUCUUCUUUCUGCCGUCCUGUUGCGUAAACUCACUCACUCCCAACCUGCAGUGUAGUGGCUGUGUCGUAGGUUGGUAGGCGGCAUAAUAUUAGCAAAUGAAAACCACUGAUUGAUUGCUUAGCGCAGUUCUCAUCCAGGUUGUGUUUCAUAUUUUACAGGUACGGAGAUAGGGCGCCCAAGUCAAAAAUGGGACGAAUUUUCUCUGUGAUGGCCACGUUAAUUGGCCUGGUUUCUAUUGCCGUGUUGCUAGGCAACCUUACAACAUCCUUGACAACAGAUAUUGUUUUCAGUGACAUCAAGCUCUAUGGAUCCAAGGUGAUAACCAUAAAUCUCGUUUUUUUUUCCGAAAUUGGAAAAAACGAUAUGUCGCCAAGUGUGGAACCUUUAUGUGGAACCUUUUUGUAAAAUAUAGCAGUGGAGUAAAUCGAUCAAUUUAGUUUUCUGGGAAACUGCUCACCUACCCCUCCCCUAAGUCAACAUUAACACUUACUUCUCACUCAGGGCAAAAUGUUGGGUCAAGGGAGGGGUAGGUGGGCAGUUUCCUCGAAACCUAAAUUGAUCCGAGUAAAUCUAUCUUCAACAUACCGUGACGGGACUAGCUAAAUCGGUAGAGCGCUUGACUGCAGAGCGGAAGGUUGCGAGUUCGACUCCCGGGACGGGAUCAAUACUCAGGGGCCCGUUUCUCCAAAGUCCCGAUAACUUUUCGGGCUCGAAAAGCUGUUUAUGUUUACUGUGUUUGCAUUCAAAAUCAAAGUUUCAAUGAUUUUGAAAACGAUACAAUGAAACUAUCAGUUAGAGAACAAAAUUGACAAGUUUGUGAGCUUGGAACUGUGCUAAUAUUCAACAGGUUUUGAUUUCAAAAUUUGCCUUCGGACCCGAAAAGUUACGGGGCCUUUCGAGAAAAGGGUCCCAGGCUCGUAAAAUAACAGGUGAGAAGAGUAAGCGAGGGUCCAGCCGUUUGCUGGACCCUCGCUUGGCUCGGAUUAACAUGUAUAAUGGCGGUUCUCAAUUAGUACUUCCGUACUAAAUACAUUGACACUCAAAUUAAGUGCUUUUUUCGGUUAAUUUAAUUAGUUAUAUAUUAACUUCUUAUCACAGGUUGCGGCUAUUCACAAUUCCUCCGAGUUUCGUCUUGGAUUGCGCAAAAAUGCAAAAAUGAAUCCAGGUAAUAAUUGAAAUAAGUCUUAAUGUAGUGGACCUAGACCUCUAAUCAGCUAGUAAUUUAAUAGCACUCUGGGAGAGACUCCGCCCGAAAGGGGUACCUUCUUGAGGCUUCAGGUAUAUGAAAGGGUAGGGAUUUUCACAAGUGGAAGUAUGUGAAAGUGUAGGAAAAUCUGUUAUUUUCGUUUGGAAAGAGGCCCAAAAGGGCUAACGAUGCACUUAACGAUUGUGGAAAAGUCGAAGAAAUGUUGUAUUUUUUUUACUUAUUUACAUUUUAAAGACAGUGCAAUUACGUCAGUUAAAAGAGAUGAAAAGUUUUCAACUAGGUAUGUUAAAGGGGAGCUAAAAGGGUAAGGGGUUGGACCUUGGGACGGAGCCCUCCCGUAUAAAGCUUUUCUGAGUACCCCCCCUCCCCUCCCCUCCCCCCGAGGGCUCGAGCACGAACUUCAUGAACUUGUAUUGAUGGAUUCUGGGGCACGAAAGACGUCAUCCAUUCUUUCCAACAGAACGGGAAGUUAGUCUGUACCAGGUGAGAGCACUGGUCUCUCAACAUCGUCACCAAGGGUGGUACGUCUCGGAGGCGACUAUGCUUAAUUUCGGAAGCUUAUUAGAAGAAUAAAUAUUCUACAAGUUCAUUUUAUCGGAAGUCGAAGAUGAUCGAGGAUUUUUGACUGUAUUAUUCUUAUUCUUGCAAUGUUUUUAUGUGUGUGGGUGUGUAGUUUUUUUUUACAUAGUUGCACUUCUCCAACAGGCAGAGAAUACAGAAAUCUGGAUGAAGUUUACGAAGCUCUUCUAUCGCGUGAGGUUGACGGGGCGCUUAUAGAUGCUUUGAUUGCGGGCAGUCGAGAAGACUUGUUCAACUCCAGUGGACUGAGAAUUUACCAGACUUUCCAACAUUCUUCAGUAUAUGGAAUGGUGUUGGCUGGUGAAACCAAGAAAUUGCAACAGUGCUUUGAGAAAUUCAUGAAAGAGAAUUCCGCCAUGAUAUCUGCACAUGUGGCAUCAAAGACUUCAGUUAUUAAGGUAGAA